UUAUGCAGCCGGUGGGCAUCUCUACGGAACGGCGAGAUGAACCAGCAAGAGCCACGAGGUGAUUCCAUUUCCAUGUGCGCAUCCACACCCAUAUUAUUGUGAUCAAGUUCCCUAUCCCUCCAACGCCCUUUCCCCCCCAACUGAGCUCCUCCAGAUCUUGCAUCCAUCCAUGGCUCCUCGUAAACCCCGCGAGCCUCAAGUCCUCGAAUCCUUCUACCCUCUCCUUGCUCUUGUCUUCCUUCUAGUUGCCUGCACCGAGCUCUGUGACGCCGCCGCUGUCGUCGAUGUCUAUCGCCUCAUUCACUACGAUAUCUCUGGCGUUCCCUUUGGAUCCCGCGCCGCUUCACUCAAUCACCAUGCUGCCUCUCUUCAUUUUCCCCCUGCUGCUGCUGCUGCUGAUCUCUCUCGCACCGUUUUCAUCAUUCCUCUUUGUGAACUCAACUUCACCUUCGUCAAAGAAUGUUUAUCUCAAAGAAAGCGUUUGGGAGGUCUUCUGAUCUUGCUUCCCAAGAUUCUUGGCUCGGAUGGCCCGAAAAAUGAUGACUUUAAAUGUCCACAAAAUGGAGAUGGGAUGAUUAAGGAUCUACUGGUUGAACUUGAACGGUUGCUCAUACAUGCUACUCUACCUUACCCUGUAUAUUUUGCUUCAGAAGGUGAAGAUAUUAAUGCUGUUUUGGCUGAUGUCAAGAGCAAUGAUGCCACUGGUCAGCUUGCAACUGCAACUACUGGCGGGUACAAGCUUGUUGUUUCAGCAGCAGAACCAAGGAAGCUUGUAUCUUCCACGAUUACAAAUAUUCAGGGUUGGCUGCCUGGACUAAAAUUUGAUGGAGAUGCUAGUCAACUCCCAACAAUUGCAAUUGUAGCAUCAUAUGAUACAUUUGGCGCUUCUCCUGAAUUAUCUGUGGGAAGUGAUAGCAACGGAAGUGGAAUUGUUGCACUUCUUGAAAUUGCAAGGUUAUUUUCUCUUCUUUAUUCCAGUCCUAAGACACGAGGAAGGUACAAUCUACUUUUUGGGCUCACUUCUGGCGGACCUUACAACUACAAUGGGACUCACAAGUGGCUUCAAAGCUUUGAUCACCGUAUCCGUGAGAGUAUUGACUAUGCCAUUUGCUUAAAUAGUAUUGGCUCAUGGGAUGACAAAUUAUGGCUGCAUGUCUCCAAGCCUCCAGAAAAUGCUUACAUAAAGCAAAUAUUUGAAGAUUUCUCAAAUGUCGCCGAGGAUUUGGGCUUCAAAGUUGAUCUGAAGCACAAGAAGAUUAAUAUUUCAAAUCCUCGAGUAGCCUGGGAGCACGAACAGUUUUCAAGAUUGAGAGUAACUGCUGCUACCCUUUCUGGAAUCUCCGCUGCUCCUGAGCUUUUGGAAAGGACUGGAGGUUUAGCUGACAACAGAUUGUUUUUGAACGAGAGUGCAAUUGCCAAGAGUAUCAAGUUAGUCGCAGAGAGUCUUGCAAGGCAUAUUUACAGAUAUGAAGGAAAGAAUAUACAAGUAUUUGCAGAUGAUAGUAGUUUGGCAGUCAAUCCAACUUAUAUUCGAUCAUGGUUGGAUCUUUUGUCACGGACGCCUCGAGUUGCUCCAUUUCUGUCGAAAGAUGACCCUUUCAUAUCGGCAUUAAAAAAGGAACUGGAGGUCCAUACCCAUGAUGUGAGCUUGCAACAUGAGCCAUUUGACGGGGUGUUCACCUUUUAUGAUUCAACUGCAGCUAAACUUCACGUAUACCAGGUUGCUAGCGUGACAUUCGACUUGGUUUUGCUUUUGGUCUUGGGAUCGUAUUUAGUUUUACUCUUCUGUUUCCUUGUGAUCACAACCAGGGGUCUCGACGAUCUGAUUGGUCUAUUUAGACGCCCUCCUUCCCGAAAAGUAAAAACAGCUUGAUGACUGCAGUAGAUUUUGAUGCUUGGAUUUGCAUCAUUGCCACCCGAAUUUUUUCCCAUCUAGAUUAGACAGGCCUUACGAUGGGGUCCAAUGUGGCAUAAGAGCUCGAGGAACUGAAGAUUUUAUGUGGCAUUCCUCUCAGGAUUCUCUCUUUCUUCUUUUUGACAUCCUUCAGUCAUAUCAUCUGUGACAUAUUGUUAUGAGAACUCUCGAGGUGCGAUAAUUUUUCGUUUUCUCUCAUUUAAAUUUGCACUGUUUAACCCUCAUUUGUGGUUUCCACUUUGGGCAAUGAUUUUUUCCUUAGAAUUUGUUGGUGUCUAUUAUUUUCUUGCUCGGUUGAUGUUAGAGACAGGCAAUAGAUUCAGUUCGAACAGUUCUGAAAAUCUCUCAGAAUAUAUUGAUGUUAUUUAUCAUUAUUAUUUCACAGUUGCCUGAUGGCUUUGAAAUUAACUUCAC